CCAAAAAUAUUUAAAAAUAUGAUUUCGUUAAGAUUUUUGAAUUUAGCUAAUAAUGAAUUCGUAUCGAUCCCAACGGAUUUAUUUAAUAUACCUCAAUUAAAUUUAAUCGAUUUAAGUCGUAAUGAACUGAUUUAUUUAUCAUCGAAUAUAUUCGAAGGGGAAGAUUGUGUUGUAGAAAGACUUAAUAUUGGAUCGAAUAAAUUAACAUACUUGGAAAAUGAUUUUCUAAAACGAUCUAAAUUAAAAUAUUUAGAUUUACGAAAUAAUCCAUGGCAGUGUGAAUGUUUAAAUGAAAUUAUCGAUGAAAUGUAUCGAUUGAAUAUGGAAUUUCCAAAGAGAAGGGAUUUUGAUGGUACUUAUCCAUGUUGUGUUGUAACGGAUAAUAAUACUUGUGUUCGUGAAACGUUUUUAAGUAGUGAUUUAUUCAAAAAAUGGCCUAAGGAUAGGAAUAGGCUUGAAUUGCUUAGUUUAGAAAUUUAUAAUUUCCGCUAUGGUUAUGGUACGUAACUUUUGUAUCGUAUAAAGGUUGGACCAUUUUAAUCGAUUAUGGCUGAUUGCUCGUUUUCUGUUUAACAAAUCAAAAAAUAACUUAAACAAAAGUUGUAGAGAGUUUGAUGGGGAAUCAUGUUUUUUUGGACAUAUUUAAUUAAGAUAAGAAAUAAAAAAACACUUUAAAGUAGAAAGUUGAUCCUCAUAAAAAAACUAAUAUAUUUUAAUUUAAACAUUUUUUCGAAAAACGUUAGCUUUCGGAGGAAAAAAAAUAUGUCAUUAUUGCAUUUAAUCGAAAGAAAAUAGGUAGACACAAGUUUUCAAGAAAAGUUGUAAAAGAUUAAGGAAAAUGAAAUAAACCGCUCACUUUUUGCUAAAUCCUGGUGGAAUGUAUACUUUUGGGUGUGA